AUGGAGAUCAACUGUGGGAUGGGCGAAUAUCUCGGCGACCGGACGCUAGCAAUACCCGUCGUCCUCAAGUUGAUGUACUCGGACUUCGUGGUCAACGAGAUUUUGGAGGACAAGACUGCUACACGAAUUUUGAAAAAGGAGGAGAUUCAAGAGCAAGGUAUAAGGCCGAAAGAUGAGGUUGUUUCGGUUCCAUUUCCCGAUCACAUUAGCGAAGCAAUCAGAAAUCUGCUGACUAUGGUUUUUGAAAAGAAGAUUGAAUAUUGCGAUAUUCCGAUAAAAGAUUUGGAAAAGAAUCAGAGAAAAGUGAUACACGAAUUUGUACGUAAUAGAUAUCGUGGACAGCUCUCUUCAGAAACUCGUCCGGACACUAUUCGAGUCUCACGCGGUCAAGCAACUUUCGCAUCAUAUCGGAGAGACGUUCCGAAAUACUGUCACUUCACGCUGGUCAAAGAGAAUAAGGAUUCCGGAUAUGCACUAAACAUCAUUGCAAAGUUUUUGGGUAUUAAAGACAACGGUCUUUUCAAGAUGUGCGGAAUAAAAGAUCGCAGAGCUGUGACAACUCAGCGAAUAAGUGUGACCAGAGUAUCAAAGGAAAGGCUCAUGGAUCUGAAUCGAACGCUGCGUGGUAUGAGCAUCUACGAUUGUGAAUACAGCGAUACACCUCUUAAACUUGGAGCUCACUGGGGAAAUCGUUUCGAUAUAAUUCUCAGAUCUGUAAAACCAGAGUUUCGUGGAGAACUUGAAAAACGCGGAAACGAGAUGGGCACUCGUGGAUUUAUCAAUUAUUUCGGCACACAACGAUUUGGCACGUUCAGUGGUUCGACAGCUAGCAUUGGAAGAGAAAUUUUGAGAAGACAAUGGGAAGCAGCGGUUCAAAUUAUUUUGGAAGAUAAGGAUGCAAAAGGAACUGUCGCAGAAGCCACGCGCGAAUGGAACAAAACAAAAGAUGCAAAACAGGCUUUGUCAUUGCUCAAAGGCGCUAACAAAUUCGCAUCAAUCGAAGGGCAAGUUUUGAACGCACUGGUCAGAGGCUCUACAUGGCAACAGGCUAUCCUUGCUUUGCCAACGAAUACUUGCUCACUUUAUGUGCACGCCUAUCAAAGUUUGCUCUGGAACAAAGCUGUAACUCGCCGAGUGGGAGAACAUGGCGAAAAAGUGAUUGACGGCGAUGUCGAUGGAAACGGUUCUCCUAUAAAGGAAACUGAUUCACACUUCAAUGUUCAUAUACCUCUUCCGGGAACUACAACGCCUUCACCACAUUAUGUUGAAAGUUGGUAUAACGAUAUAUUGUUAGGCGAUGGACUAGAAGCUGGAUGCUUUAAAUCACUUCAAGACCGCUUUUCCAUUGGGGAUAGCGUCUAUAGACCAAUAUUCUUGUUGCCGGAAAAUGUUACAGUGGAUUUUAUCAACUAUGAGAAUGAAAAGGAGAUCCUUAUGCCUGAACUGAAAACAAGCACCGUAAAAGAAGUCGAAAAUGGAGACCGACUUGCCAUGAGAAUAGCUUUCAAUUUGCCCAGCGGAUCGUACGCAACUGUUGCACUGCGCCAACUCACCGGCUUUGAUAUGAGCAAGCAAAGUAUGAAGGAGCUCAGUGAAAAUAAUCCAGAAGAGGAAGAUGUUAACAAUGAGGAUGGAGAUGGUCAAGCAGAUGAAUGUGAGAAAGAAGUGAAUGUUCCUGAACCCGAUGAUUCUGAUGAACCUUUGACUAAAAAGCCAAAAUCCGUGCCUGAGGAAUGCCAAGAAGGAAAUGGAGUC